AUGGCCGGAGCCGUCGACGGAGGAGGAGAAGCGAAGCUGACCGGAGAUGAUUCGUGUAGAGGGAGCUGCGAGAAGGAAUCGGGAGUUAACUCGGAGCGAGAAGGAUCAGAGCUCGACGAGCUUGCCGAGGAAGUGGAUAAUGAGGAUCGAUCUCAGCCGUCGAUUAGUUUCGUCGAGAUGCUUCUGUCGCAUCCGUGUGGCUACCUCUUUUCGUGCCGACUCGAAACCCAGGAAAUACCAGAGUACGGUAAUAUAAUCAGACAGCACGUAGAUUUUGAGAUGAUUAGGAAACGUGACGAAGAAGGAUUGUACAAAAGUUCGAUGAGCAAGUUGUUUCGCGAUUUGCUUCUACUUAUCAACAAUGUUAAAGCGUUUUAUCUCAAGGGCUCUUCUGAGUUCAACUCUGCAGAGCAGCUUCUCCAACUCGUCAAGAAACAGAUGAUUACUACUCUCGAGAGACCUAGAGAGAAGGUACGUACUCGCCACCGAAAGAGAAGUCCUUGGAGUUAAUUUCGUUUAAUUAAAGAGGCUGUUGCGGUCACUUCAAAGCCGAGAAUCUCUCUCCCUAUUGUAGCUUGUCGGAAACAUAGUUCCUUGGCUGCUAAACCUUUGCUAAUGAUAUCACCCACUGGAGGUGACAAGAAAGGGAAGAAGACAGAUCAAGUGGUUGAUGAUGAGAAGCUUGUUUUAUUGAAGGAUGAAGAAACCUCUGGGAAAGAUGACGAGUCUCUGGUUUUGAAGAAGAUGGUGAGAGGAAAAACCUCUACGGCUAAAAAAGUAGCAAUCAGGAACGUCAAGAACAGUGAUUCCAGCUUGAAUGAGGUUGAGAAAACUGAUGAGGAGAAGAAGGGUAACAAAAGUGGUAGCUCGAAAAGGAAAAGUGUAGCUAAUUUUCUCAAGAGAAUGAAAGGUGGUUGUUCGUCUGAUAUCAGGAGUAUCUAGUUUGGGACCUCUUUGUGAUUCUCUCUAUCUCUAAAUCAGUAAACAACUGCAAAUUAUGUGUUUGGUGAUUUGUAUAAAAG